GUUGCUUCUCUGUCCAUCUCUCUCAGACCCAACAAAAGCAACCAACAGCCAAUCUCACCUGUCUUCUUCCUCUUCUCACACAAUCACAAACCCUAGAAUUUCAAUAAAGGUAAUUUCUUCAUUCUUUGUUGAUCUUCUUCUUCUUCUUCUUCUUCUCCUUUGUUUUCUCUGUUGUUAUUAUUUUCUGUUACUCUAAUUUCGGCUUUGACGAUCCAAACUUCUAUUUUUAUUUUUGAAUUUUCUUGUAUCCAAACGCUCUAAUUUUAGCAUAGCCCAUCUGUCAAUCCUGUGUUUUUCCCUAUUUGACUCCUUCGUUUUCCUUUCCAAUUCUUUCCUUAUCCCAUACGGUUCUCCUAUUUCUUCUUGCUUGGUUGUUUUUUCUUUUUUUCAAUUUCGCUAUUUUUUUUAACUCUUUUGGGAGAACUGGGAUCAUUUCAUUUCAGAAGUUUUUCAUUUUUGUGACAUUAUAAAACUGUAUUUUCUUUUAUGGAUAGAAGAGAUUAUCAGCGAAACGGUUUAGUGGCACAUGCACCUCCUCCUGGCUACUUUGUACGUUUGGAAAACAGAACUGAAGACGAUUUGUAUUUGAGGAAGAGAGUCAGGAUGCGUAGGUGGCUUUGUUGUACUUGUCAGGUAGAAGAGUCUUACCCUUCAAAUGAAAAUGAGCAUUUGAAGAGUCCGAGGAAUUAUUCAGAUGGGAACCAAAAGGGUUCAAGAGUAGCAGCUCCUGUCAAACCUGACGUACAAAAGGCAGCACCACCACCUAUUGAGGUGGCUGCUUUGUCUCUGGAAGAACUCAAAGAGAAGACUGAUAAUUUUGGAUCCAAGGCAUUGAUUGGUGAAGGAUCCUAUGGAAGAGUGUAUUAUGCAAGCCUGAACAAUGGGAAAGCUGUGGCUGUAAAGAAACUUGAUGUUUCUUCUGAACCUGAGACAAAUGUUGAAUUUUUGACCCAGGUUUCCAUGGUUUCUAGAUUGAAGCAGGAAAAUCUUGUUGAGUUGCUUGGUUAUUGUGUUGAAGGAAAUCUUCGUGUACUUGCAUAUGAAUUUGCCACCAUGGGAUCUUUACAUGACAUAUUGCAUGGUAGAAAGGGAGUUCAAGGUGCACAACCAGGUCCAACACUUGAUUGGAUGCAGCGAGUGAGGAUUGCUGUUGAUGCAGCUAGAGGAUUGGAAUACUUGCAUGAGAAGGUUCAACCUUCUAUAAUACAUAGGGAUAUCAGAUCUAGCAAUGUGCUUCUCUUUGAAGACUUCAAAGCCAAGGUUGCAGAUUUCAACCUUUCAAAUCAGGCCCCUGACAUGGCUGCUCGUCUUCAUUCUACUCGAGUUUUGGGAACCUUCGGUUAUCAUGCACCAGAGUACGCAAUGACAGGACAAUUGACACAGAAAAGUGAUGUGUACAGCUUUGGAGUGGUUCUUCUUGAGCUUUUAACUGGGAGGAAGCCUGUUGAUCAUACCAUGCCUCGUGGACAGCAGAGUCUUGUUACUUGGGCUACUCCAAGGUUGAGUGAAGACAAAGUCAAACAAUGUGUAGAUCCAAAGCUGAAGGGAGAAUAUCCUCCCAAAGGGGUUGCAAAGUUGGCAGCUGUGGCAGCAUUGUGUGUUCAGUAUGAAGCUGAGUUCCGGCCAAAUAUGAGCAUUGUUGUGAAGGCACUUCAACCGCUCCUGAAGCCACCGGCCCCAGCUCCAGAUGCUUCAUAAACAGAGCAGGUCAGGUAUCCCAGUUCUAUCAGCAGUCACAACAUUGUUAAUUAUUCAGAAAUGCGGGGUUUGUUUGCCUGGGAGGAUAGCAAGACGGAAGUUUCUAUAUAAAUAUAUAUUUGUUUAUUUUUUAUGAGAUUGGAUGUGUAGGGUUGGAUUGGCCAAUUUCAUUUCCUUGCCAAAAAUUUGUCUGUUGAUUACUGAGCCAGAGUGUAAAAGACUGCUAGAAGAGUCACAAACUGACUGGGAUUGGGUUGGGGAGGGUGGAGAUUUCUUUCUUUCUUUUGCUAAAUCUUUUUUCUUUCUUUUUUCCGGAUUUAUAUUUAUAAUUUAUGUGCUACAAAAUGUGUUUGGUAUUCUGUUCCUCAUACACUAUUGCUUCUUUCACUGUUGAUUAUUAACACUUGUACAAGGCAAACCUAAUUGUCGUCUACAUUGAUGAUAUCCACUUCAUGUAAAGUUUGAUGUCUUGUUCA